AUGGUCGACGCCGGCAUCUACCCAGGUUACCCCCCGGAGCCAGAUCUCCGCCCCAUCCACUACCACCCCACCGUCCCCGCUCCUCACAGCAGCCUGAGCUACACCAGCUACUCGAUUCCUCCCCCCGCCCGACCCCCGUCCAGACCACCCAUGCCGAGCAUGACCAUGCCACCAAUUCACGCUAACGGCCAAGGCAGCGGUAACGCACGCAACCUGCCUCCCAUACCGGUCACUUCGCCGCAUGUCCCGACACCUACUCCUCCUCGUCCGUCACUCUCACAUCCUCCACCUACUCUCGCCGUCACUCCGCCGACACCUGCACCUCCACCAGUGACAGCACCUUACCGGCAACCUUCAGGCGAUACGAAUAUAACGGCCGCUCACUACGGUAGUCCUCCCACUGACGCACCUAUACUCAAUAAUCGGUUCACCACGGUGGAGCCGACCUCGAUCCUUCAGAACGGACACGCCCAGCAGCCAGUGUCUCAGCGCCCGCAACCGCACCUACCUCGAGCUGCAUACCAGCAACCGCAUCAGCCGCCAUCUCAGCCGGCCUCGCAGGUGUCAGUGCAGCUGCCGCCAAUCUCGCAGACCCCGCCACAGCAGGUGACACCUCCGCCGCAGCACUCGGCCCACGUCCCGCAGCCUCCACCGGCGCCCUCGACCCAGGUGUCCUUCUCCGAGUCGACGACAACGACCGAUCCGCCCCGUUCCUCGCUCAGCAUCUCGACUCCCGCCGACUCGCCCGCCAUCACGGAGCCGAAAGCCUCUGCGCCCGGCGUCGUCGCCAAGCCGUGGGUCCAUGACUCGUCGCGGGUCUACUUCCUGCCACCGGCAACGAACGGCUCCCAGCCGCCGGCACUGCACCUGAUCCACGACUCGCUCGAGGCGGUCAAGGACUAUCGCGAAUUCGUGGACACGGUCGGCCGGCUAGAGUACGAGUUUGGCAAGUCGCUCGCAGCCGCGAUCAAGAAGUUUGAUGCCAAGCUCGACAAUGUCUCCACUCCGCCGCCGGGAGGCAAGAAGCCACCGGCGCCGACGCUCAUUGCCGCGAUGCGCAACCACCUCGAGCAGCUCAACACCCAGGCAUCGCUGCACCAGAAGCGUCCCGGCGCGCUCGGCAGCCAGCUCGUUGCCCCGCUGCAGAACCUUGAGAAGCGAGGUGGAGAGUCUGCCCGCCGCCUCGCUGCUUGGGGUAAGGACGUCCGCUCGCGCUGGGAGACGGGCCGCGAGCGCGUCGAGUCGGCGCGGGCCAAGUACCACACGGCAGUCCGCGAGGAUGAGACGGCGCAGCAGAAACUCCGCGCUUGCCCGCCGCCCAGCGAGGGGACGAAGGAGAGCGACUGGGUCAAGAUUGAGCGCGCCGCCGCUGAUGCCGAGGCGAACCGCGCCGAGCGCAAGCGGGCCUACCUCGUUGCCCUUGCUGGCGAGGGCGACGACGGUGGCGGCCGCUGGGACCGUUCCGAGGGCGGCGGGCCCGAAGGCUGGGGCGAGGAAGCCCGACAGCUGUACGGGCACGUGGAGCAGAGCAUGCUCGAGCUGCUGCGGCACCACGCGCACGAGGACCUGACGCACAUCGAGAUGCUGCUGACGGUGCUGAAGCGCGCCGAGACGUGCUACGACACUGUAUCCAUCGCCUCGGAUCAGAAUGCCUUCCUCGAGUGGAACGACACGGGCAAGCCAACCGAGCACAUCCCUCCCGGAGGCGUGCACAGCAGCCUGCGCAGCCCCGCCUUUGUUCCUCCUCCAAGCAACAAGAACGAGGAACCGACGCUGGGCACAGAGAAGCGCGCCGAUAGAAACUGGCUGGUGAACCGGUGGCUGUACUGCAACCAGCAGCUGAUGGACGUCGAGGGCGAUCCGGAAAUCAGCAAGGGCCCGCUUGACUCGAGACAGUGCGCACGAUAUGCGUCGAACCGCGGGCUCGGCGACGCAGACGAGGCGUGGGAGCGGCGUAUGGCGCUUCUGCGCGAGAUCGGUGUUGAGGAGCGCAAGGCCGCUGUCCUGCACGCCGAAAUGCGCUGCCUCGAGUCUGUCCUUGGACCCUCCCCUGCACCCGAGUUAGGCCACGACUUCAAGGAGCGCCAAUUCGCGGCCCCACAGCCGUGCGACGUGUGCGGGCAAGCUGUCUGGUCGCCCCUGAAAGCCGAACUCUCGUGCCGUCUUUGCACGAUUGCGCUACACACGAAAUGCGCCCUGUUCGUCGACCCAGAGUGUACGGGCUUAAAGUCGACCAGGCGCCGUACCUUCCAGCCGCACGGCAGCCGUAUCCGGCGCUCGAUCACUAGCGGUGCAUUCAAGCUGCGCCGACAUAGCGCCGAGGCGUCGCACGGCGCGCCGCAGGUCAUGAAGUCGACCCGACCGGCGCUCGAGCCACUGAGGGACGAUGAAGUGAUGGUGUCGCCGUUCAUCGCCGUUCCCGCGUCCGAGGAGCCCGCUGUCCGCGAAGCCUUAUCCGCUCCCGAGGAGCCACCCCGUGUGACGAUCGCUAGAGUCCGAUUCGACUACGCGGGCGAGUCUGACGCGGACCUGCGCGUGCUCGAGGGCGAGGUCGUGCGCAUAAUAGAGCCCGACCUCGACGGCAGCGGGUGGGUAAAAGCUCGGCGCGGAGUGGAGAAGGGAGCCGAGGGCUUAGUGCCGGUAGCCUACGUCGGUGUCGCGGGCCAGAGCACGCCGCCACUCGACGGCGGGUCCGGCCGCUUCGUGCAUGCCCUGUUUGACUUCCCGCCCGCAUCGCACCAUCCCGGUCCAGGCGAGGUGAGGGUGCAGCAGCACCAGAUCUACGAACUCAGUCAGGAGGGCAUGGCCUUUGACCAGCUCUGGGCCGAGAUUCUCGUGCCCCAUCCAGCGGCGGGGACGAGGAUCAAGGGCGUCGUGCCCAAGAGCUACGUGCAGGCCAUCUAG